AUGUCUGAACAAAGUGAAAGAUCUCCAAUCCAACUCCAAGACAUGACCCUGGAUAAAGAAGCAGCACAAAAACAAGAAGUUCAGAAACUCCAAGAGCUCCCUCAACAACAACAGAGAGAAGAUGAUCAUGAAGAAGAAGAAGAACAUACUUCUACUUCUCUCAAAGCAUCCCAUGCAAUUACAGAACAGACUAGAGAAGAGCAGCCCAGAGAACAAGAAGAGAAAAAAGAAGAUGACGAAGACAAAGAAGUGGGCAAUAUCAUUGUUUCACCACCUUCAGAGACACCAUUUAAACAAAGUGAAAGAUUUCCAAUCCAAGAACUCCCUCAACAACAACAGACAGAAGAAGAUACUGCUACUUCACUUAAUGUAUCCCAUGCAGGAGAACAGACCAUAGAAGAACAGCCCAAAGAACCAGAACAAGGACAAGAAGAAGGAAAAGAACAAGAAGCUCAGAACCUCCAAGAACUCCCUCAACAACAACAGAGAGAAGAAGAAGAAGAUACUGCUACUUCUCACUACAACGCAUCCAAUGCAAGAGAGCAAGAACAAGGACAGGAAGAUGUGGACAUUUCCUCUGCUACUUUACCUCUGAUGAUGAAGAUGAAGAUGAGCAAGUGGAGAUUAUCUCCAGUGACACCAGCUAAACGUCCUGCCCAGAAAUCUGAUCUUAAAGACGAAGACUGUCAGGGAAUAAAGAAAAAGACUAGGACAAAGGUCACAUGCGAUAAGCCUCCAACAACAUUUCUUGAGAGUGUGCUAACAGAUGUUGAUUACGAGAUUGGAUUCUUGAAUUGCAUUAUUGAUUACUACCAUAAUAAUGCGCGAUACCCAUACUAUGAUUACAUAGCUGUAGAUGAUUUCAUCAAAAAUUGGCUUGAAGUCGAAGCUACUCAACGGCAAUUGAUUGAUGUAAUAUUGAAGCUGAGAAAGAAAUACAAGGAGACUUUGGCCAAGAUGGGUGUGGCUAAGAAAUUCUCUGAUCCUCAUCAUCAGAGGGCAUUCAAUUUGGCGCAAAGGAUAUGGACUAAUUCUGGAUUCAAAGAAGAUUGGAAGAAUCUGAAGAAAUCACGUCUUCCCAAUGAAUCCGAUGCAAUUAGAAAACCAGAAGAAGAAGAAGAAGACGAAGGCGAAGAAGAAGAUGAAGAACAUGAGGACGAAGUUGAAGACGAAAGUGAAGAAGAAAGCGAAGAAGAAGAUGAUGAAGACGAAAGCGAAGAAGAAAGCGAAGAAGAAGAUGAAGACGAAGAAGAAGAAGACGAAGAAGUGGACAUUAUGAAUUUUACACCACCAGAGUCACCAUCUAAACGUCCAGUCUCUGAUGGAAAAAGCACUCAGGGAAGUGAGAAAAAGCUUAAGACAAAGGUCCCUGGAGAAGAAGAAGAAGAUACUGCUAAUUCUCUCAAUGAAUCCCCUGCAGAAGAACAGACCACAGCAGAACACGAACAAGAACAAGAACAAGAAGCUCAGAACCUCCAAGAAAUCCCUCAACAACAACAGAGAGAAGCAGAAGAAGAAGAAGAUACUGCUACUUCUCACCCCAGUGCAUCCCAUGCAAGAGAACAAGAACAAGAACAGGAAGUUAAAAAUAUUGGGUUUAUAUGA